GGGCAGCUGUGUAGUCUAAUGUCUUCUGAAUGAUUAAAUAGCUAGUGUGCGAAUCAUGCUAUGAAGUAGACCUACAGUAGGCUAUUGCAGGGUAGAAGAUAAUGGGUGUGGCUGAGUCUAGGCAGUUUUCAAAUGUUUUGGUAACAUGACAUCGGGUAGCAAACUGGUCUCGAAGCGACUGGAGGGAGAGAAACUAAUUGCGGAGGUGUUAGAGCUAUGGAGUAGACCUAUCACAAAUUUGAUAUUUUGAGGAGAAAGUUGGCCUAUGCUGAAAAUAUUAUAAGAUCAAAAGUUGACCUUUCGUGUAGGCUACGGUCUAUGGAAUCAAGUUGGAUUACAUAAUUAGCUUGACUUCAUCCUUUGGAUAUGAAGGCAUCAUUUCGUAUGGGUGCACCGUGACAUAGGCCUACAGUAAACAUUACAAGUUCUAUAUGGAAAACACUUGAAAGAAUGUCAGGCUGUAGUUGGAACGGGAUUAGUAUUAAAUCAUCAUCUGUCUUCCAGAAAGCCAUCAUCACUGGCAGAUAGUGUAUCCAGUGGUGUGCGUGUUGAAUGGGCUGUUGUACAAAGUCAGACCAUGCAGCAUGAGCAUUUGUUCAAAGUUCUCGUUAUAGGCGACCUUGGGGUCGGAAAAACGUCAAUCAUCAAGCGUUAUGUCCAUCAGAUCUUUUCUCAACAUUAUCGCGCAACUAUUGGUGUCGAUUUUGCGCUCAAGGUUCUGCACUGGGACAGUGACACCGUUAUACGACUACAGCUUUGGGAUAUUGCCGGUAUGUCAAACCAGUCCAUUUUACUUUAAUAUUUUACUUUAUAUGUCCAUUCAUUGUAAUACAAGUGGUUUGGAUGAUACGUCAGACUUUAUUAAAGUUUAGCAUUUUGUGUAAAAUCAUAUUUAUGUUUCCAACAACUCAAUAGGCUUAUCAAUGAAUUAUCACACUUUUAUGAUAAUUAUAUUUAGUCUUAUCCAUAGAUAGCCAAUGUUUCAUUAAUCAUCCUAAUGAACGGUGUACAGUAUUUCUCCCUAUGGUAUUUCAUGUGCACUGUGGAGGAAUGUGUCUUGUGUUGGGCUCAGCUUGUCUCAUGCUCAUAUUAUAGUCACAUGAGCACAGCAGUUACUGCCAGCAGUCUCUCUCUCUCUGUAAUAUGAAAAACCUGACCAGUUUUUGGAUUGUGCCAUAUCAUAAUGCAAUAUAAUUAGAUAGUUAAGUACAUAUAAUUAAAGUAUAGAUACACCAGUGCUAUGUGCCUCUGACCCUGAUGUGUGCUGUUCUUGUAUUUGUUUGUCCCAGGACAAGAACGCUAUGGGAAUAUGACUCGUGUGUAUUAUCGGGAGGCAGUGGGAGCUCUGGUGGUGUUUGACGUGACCCGCGCCUCCACAUUUGAUGCCGUACUCAAGUGGAAGGACGAUCUGGACACUAAGGUCACCCUGAGUCAUGGCAAACCUGUCCCAGCUGUGCUGCUGGCCAACAAGUCUGAUCAAGUCUGCUCCCAGCAGCCCAAACUGGACACAUUCUGUCGGGAAAAUGGAUUUGUGGGAUGGUUUGAGACGUCAGCCAAGGUGAGGAAGAAAGAUACUGAGACAGAUAGGGAAAGGCUUCAGCUUAUUCCUCAAGCGUAGUCUGUAGUCCUAGCCCCUCCCAACUGCUGCCUGUGGGCUGCUCUAUGACUGGCUAGAAAGUCUAGUGUUGCCCUAAAAUACAUCAUGUCUGAUCACUUGCAAUGGAGUGUGUGUGUGUGUGUGUGUGUGUGUGACAGACAAGCCUCACAAUCUCAAUGAUUCUAAACACAUUCCAACGACUCCUGCUGGGGAACUUUCUAGCCGCUAACAUUUGACAGUCUUGGCCCUAUGGAAGAUCCCUAUGUAGAAUGGUCUCUAUUGUAAAGAACACACAUUUGACAACAGCCUUUGAUUGUCAGCUUGGGUUACCUUAAAGUGUUUAAUGAAAUGCAUUCACACUCAGCUGAUAAAUACAUGAGAUCAGUUGGAAUGAAAUAUUAGCAUACCCCGAGGUAUAUGACAAGGACACAGGCUAAUUAGCCGAGGGGAAUAUGAACAGGAACGUGUGAAAUGGUCCAGCAGGCUGUGGAAGGUGUGUUCCCUUCUCACAGACUGAACCUGAAAGGAUGGGGACACUCACAGCCACUCUCUAAUGAGUUACUCAGUUGGGUGUGAAGGCUGAUUGGAUGAAUAUGUCACUGGGGCCUACCCAGCGGAUAGCUUACAUUAAUAAUGAUGAGAGAUUAGCACAAUCCUUCUGCCUGAGGUAAGAGGAUUUUGAAUCCUGAGCAGAUCUGGCCUGGGAAUACUCCCCAUCUGAGAUCAUUCUGAGAUCUAAUUGUCAUCUAGCUGUACAUGAUUUUGUUCUUGUUUUAUCUUGUAGGAGAACACUAACAUUGAAGCGGCAGCGAGAUGUCUGGUUGAACAUAUCCUGACCAAUGAAGAGAGCACAGUCUUGGAUUCAGACCCAGACGUGCAGGUUCUGCCUGGGUUCAACAACAGUGUUAAAGAAAGAGUUCGCUGUGGAUCAUGUAACAAAUUCUGACCCAUCAAAGAGAAUAGAGAAAAAGGAAGAUCUUCAAGGGUUUGAAUGUGUCUCUCUGUAGUCUGUCGGACUGUUCCAAUUAAAGAACAUCUUCAAGGGAAGCCGAAAGGGGCCAUGGAAAAAAUAUAUUAUGAGAGAGAUGUGGUGUAUUUCUCUAUGUGGAUUUAUGAUCAUGUUUGUGUGAGAAAUGGAAAAAUAGUAAUAUAAUGAGUGGAACAUAUUUAUUUUCACAGGAAAUACGUUAUUGUAACUCCUUGGAGUGAACAACCGCUAUACAUUGUGAAAGCAGGGCUCUCCCUCAUUUCAGUCCCUCAGACAACUAAAUGACAAAGCAGAGAAUUUCAGCAACGAGAUGACAGUCAGAUUAUGAUGUCUACAGUCAUAUAACCAAGGAUAUCUGACUGUGUGAUAUAAAGAUGUUGUUAUGAUUGACAUCAGACUGAUACAAAAGGGGUGUUUCUGUUCAUAGGAGGGGGACAACACUGUCACAGUGCUUUGCCUGAUAUUUACUGUACAUGCAGUAUAGGCCUAUAGCUUUAACUGAAUUAAAAUGGCUUUUAAUGUGUGGUUCA